UCCUGAUUCAAUAACUCAGACUUAUAGAGAAGAAACCCCAAUUCCUGAAGCUUUUAAUCAAGUAGAAGAUAUUCACUUUGAAGAAUGUUCAGUUGAAAGGGAUCUAGAAAGACCACAUAAAAAUCAAUCUUUAAUGAGCAAAUGG